AUGUUCUGCUCAGAGCAGGCAUCUCAUCUUCAUGCCCAUCAUCAUCAUUAUCGUCAGCAGCUGCAGCAGCAGCAAUACCUGCCAAUUCUCAGUGAAUGGUUACUCUCUGCAGGGCCUUCGUCUGGGCCCUGGGACCUGAGCAAUGACAGCAGUAGUAGUAGUGGUUCUGACAGUGCUAGUGGUGGUGGUAGUAAUAGUAACAGCAGCAGUAGUAGUAGCGAUACUGACAGUGCUAGUGGUGGUGGUAGUAGUAGUAGCAGCAGUAGUAGUAGUAGUGGUGCUGAUAGUGCUAGUGGUGGUGGUAGUAGUAGUAGCAGCAGCAGUAGUAGUAGUGGUUCUGAUAGUGCUAGUGGUGGUGGUAGUAGUAGUAGCAGCAGUAGAAGUAGUAGUGGUUCUGUCAGUGCUAGUGGUGGUGGUAGUAGUAGCAGCAAUAAUAUUAGUAGUGGUGCUGACAGUGCUAGUGGUGGUGGUGGUAGUAGUAGUAGCAGCAGUAGUAGUAGUGGUGCUGACAGUGCUAGUGGCAGUGGUAGUAGUAGUAGCAGCAGUAGUAGUAGUGGUGGUGCUGAUAGUGCUAGUGGUGGUGGUAGUAGUAGUAGCAGCAGUAGAAGUAGUAGUGGUUCUGACAAUGCUAGUGGUGGUGUGCUAGUGGUUAGUAGUAGCGGUGCUGACAGUGCUAGUGGUGGUGGUAGUAGUAGUAGCAGCAGCAGUAGUAGUAGUGGUGCUGACAGUGCUUGUGCUGGUGGUAGUAGUAGUAGCAGCAGUAGAAGUAGUAGUGGUGCUGACAGUGCUAGUGGUGGUGGUAGUAGUAGCAGCAGUAAUAUUAGUAGUGGUGCUGACAGUGCUAGUGGUGGUGCUAGUAGUUAUAGCAGCAGUAGAAGUAGUCGUGGUGCUGACAGUGCUAGUGGUAGUGGUAGUAGUAGUAGCAGCAGUAGUAGUAGUAGUGGUGCUGACAGUGCUAGUGGUGGUGGUAGUAGUAUUAGCAGCAGUAGAAGUAGUAGUGGUGCUGACAGUGCUAGUGAUGGCAGUAGUAGUAAUAGCAGCAGUAGUAGUACUAGUUGUGCUGACAGUGCUAGUGGUGGUGGUAGUAGUAGUAGCAGCAGUAGUAGUAGCAGCACCACAGUAGUAGCAGCAGCCACAGAAGCAGCAACGAUAGUUGUUUUUAUGGUUAUAAGAAGAAUGAUCUAA